CGCGCAAAUCCAACAGCUUGUUGACUGCUUGGGUGUCACGGGGUAGUGAUGUGACACUUCUGGUUGACUUCCAGUUCUCCAUGAAGUAAACGUUUCAAGGAUAAACAACAUAAUGGAGAUAAACCCUCCGUUGGACGCGUGUCAGUAAUCUUCACGGACUGGACUCUUUAUAAGGAAGGAAGCUGUCAAUCCUUUUGACAAUGGCUAUCAACAAGCAUACCAACGAGAGCACACCUCUCUUGGACUCGGAUAAUGGGACUAAUAGGAGACCGUCAACCCCCAUCAGUUUCCAGGGAAGAAGACUUGCAUGUGCUGCUAUCUUGCUGGCUGAAUCACUGGAAAGGAUUGCAUUCUAUGGCAUUACAUCCAACCUUGUCCUCUUUUUGAAUAGUAGCCCUUUCUAUUGGGAGGGCACGCAAGCCAGUCAGGCUCCCCUGAUGUUCAUGGGGGUAACUUACCUGAUAUCCCCAUUUGGAGGCUGGUUGGCCGAUGCAUACCUUGGCAAGUUUUGGACUAUUGCCUCAAGUUUGAUUUUGUACUUUAUAGGUAUUCUAUUUUUCCCUUUCCUUUCAAAUGAAGACACCAGAGUAAAUAUGUGUGGAGAAGAGGCUGCAUUUCCAGUGCAACCCGCUGAGUGUCUCAGCACAAACAGUACCCCUCCAAGCAAUGUGACCUGCCCCAUCCGUGCACCUUAUUGUGGCCCUAUAGUUUACAGUGGACUUUUUUUCAUUGCAUUGGGUGUAGGGACUGUCAAGUCAAACAUCACUCCAUUUGGAGCAGACCAGGUCAAAGACCGAGGACCGGAGGCCACACGCCGAUUCUUCAAUUGGUUCUACUGGUGCAUUAACCUUGGUGCCAUCUUGUCACUGGGAGGUGUAGCCUACAUCCAGCAAAAUGUCAGCUUUGAGCUUGGCUACAUCAUUCCUACCGUGUGCCUUGGGAUUUCCUUCCUUGUUUUCCUCCUGGGCCGCACCGUUUUUAUCACCAAGCCUGCUGAUGGCAGUGCUUUCACUGAUAUGUUCAAGAUACUGAGCUUUGCCUGUUGCUCCUCAAAACCCAAAGAACCUGACUUGCUCAGAAGCAAUAAACCAACUCUGUUGGAUUCUGCCAAAGUGACCUAUGGAGGAAAAUUCCCUGAAGAGAAAGUGGAGGAAGUGAAAUCUUUGGUGAAAAUCCUACCAGUUUUCUUAGCCCUUAUUCCUUACUGGACAGUGUAUUUCCAGAUGCAGACGACAUACAUCCUGCAGGGCCUCCAUCUUAGGAUUCCUGUUGCUGCCUUGAACAGCACGACUGACUCCCACAUGAUAUUUCGCUUCCCGGCAGCCUGGCUCACCAUGUUUGAUGCUGUGCUCAUCCUCAUGCUGAUUCCUCUUAAGGACAAAGUGGUGGACCCUAUUUUGAAGCGGCGUGGCCUGUUGCCCUCCUCUCUGAAGAGGAUUGCAGUGGGGAUGUUCUUUGUCAUGUGGUCGGCUGUGGCAGCGGGUAUUCUGGAGACAAAACGCCUGGAGAUUAUCAACGCAAAUGGUCCCAUUGAGCAAGUGCUUGGCAACGUAGUCUACUAUGCAGCGGAUUUACCCAUUUGGUGGCAAGUGCCUCAAUAUGUGCUGAUAGGCAUCAGUGAAAUCUUUGCCAGCAUUGCAGGACUGGAGUUGCUUACUCUGCUGCACCCAAGUCUAUGCAGAGUGCCAUCAUGGGGCUCUUCUUCUUUUUCUCCGGGAUAGGCUCCUUUGUGGGCUCGGGUUUGUUGGCCAUUGUGUCUCUCAAGGAGAUCGGCUGGAUGUCAUCCCACAAAGAUUUUGG